AUGCAGAAGGAUUCCUCCCGGCGACGCUUCCCCCUGGCCGAUCGCGUGAUCGAAGUCAUCGACGAUACUCUGACUGGGGAGGUCUUGCUGGACGAGGCAUUGAAAAUGAUGAAGUCGAGCGAGAAGAUGAGCGUGAACUCGUGGAUCGAUCUAAUGAGCGGUACGUAA